CCUCCCUCCCGCUGCAUAAAAACGUCCAACUCCUGUGACUGAUCAUACCAGAGAAACAGCAGAUCGAGUGAGAAACGGUGAGAUUCUGGAGCUAAAGCAGCCAUGGACAUCUCUCGGUUACAGCACACCCCCUUUUACUGCGAAGAGAAUGUAUACUUGCUAUGCAAGGAAUUGUGCACUAAUGGGACAGCAGAUGCUACAGGAUCUGACCUUUUCGUUGCUUUCAUUUCAAACGAGAAGAAACAGGUCCCUUUAUGGAAUCAGAAGGCUAGCAAGAGAGCAGAUGGUGCUAUUCUCUGGGACUAUCAUGUCAUUUGUGUUCAGCGGAAAAACAACGGUAGUCCUCAUUUAGUGUGGGAUUUGGACUCGGCUCUCCCCUUUCCCUCUCCUUUGGCUUCUUAUGUAUCUGAAACCAUUCGGCCAUCUUUUCAGCUCUUUUCUGAGUAUCAGAGUUUAUUUACACGUUUUGGGCCUGUUGCAUUGCUGCCUCAUUGUUUGCUGCCCUUCUAUGAGAAAAUUGAGUUUUUCCGCAUUGUGCAUGCUCCGGUGUUUCUUCGUUGCUUUGCCUCUGAUAGGAGACACAUGAAAGAUUCUGUUGGGAACUGGAUUGCAGAACCUCCGGCAUAUGAACCCAUUGUUGCUGAAGAUGGAACCGUGCAUAACUUGAAUGAGUACAUUGAGAUUCAGGCCUCCGAUGCGGCAAAAGAAUUUCAAGGUGAUCUAAUGAACGACGUUAACCAAAAAUUUGGUGUUCUGAUAAACGAGAAUCAGAUCGAGGAAUUCUUUUCCAAACUUUCGUGAUUUGGAGAUUCUUGUUGUAAACACUAGAUGAACAUAUUAAGAUUCAGAAACCAAAUUACUUUCUUUGUGCUGUACAUGUUCAUUUGAUGAUUGAUUCUUCUUUAUCCUUUCUUCAAUUGAUGCAUCAUUUCUGGAAA